AGAAAAGAUACAAAAUGUCAAAGAAUAAGUCUGAAGAGGAAAUGGCCAACGAGCUCGGUGAUGAGUUUUUAAAUUAUGAUGGCGUUGAAGGUGGAACUUCCGUUACCGAAACCGACAAGGGUCAAGAUCUCGAGAGCAAUCAACCUCCUUCGGCAGAAAAUGAAAUCGCUGAACAGUCAGAAAAAACCGAUUUAGGACAUGCUAACGGAAAUGCUGAAAAGAAGGAGGAAAAUGAAGAGGGCGAAAAGAAGGAGGGGGAAGGUGAGGAAGUCUUCGAAGUCGAAGCUAUCCUUGGUCACAAAAGGAAUAAGGCAUGCAUCAAACGCAGCGGGCUCAAGUAUCACAUCAAGUGGAAAGGCUUCACGAUUGAAGAAAGCACCUGGGAGAAUGAAGGCGACGUUUACGCCGCAGAACUCUUGGAAGAGUAUUGGUCAAAAAAUAAAGAUGAACAGCCAGCAUCGGCAACUUCAUCGAAACGCAAAGGGACGGGACGAAAACGUUCUGCACCUGCAUCCACUACAACUUCGUUCAAAGAAUCCAAGAGAUCUCGCGUUUCAAGUAAGCCUCGAGCAUCAAGAAUUAGACCUGAUGAUGACGAUGAUAGUCUGCAGGCCUCCUUAGAAAGUUGGGAAGACCAAGUCAUAGCAGUUGAGACUGUCACUCGAGAUGACAAAACAGGGGAUUUACUCGUUUACCUCAAAUGGAAUAAUGGUGAGACAUCGAGGCACCCCGCGAAGGAUGUUAAUAUGAGAUGUCCUCAAAAGGUAUGCGAUAUCGAUAUUCCAUUUUCUUUCGGCUGA